UCACGGGUUAGACCCGCUUCUUACUAUGUGGCCCUACCACAUAGCCUUCCCCGCACGUUCCGUUCUGCCACCGCCCUAUAUACUUACUUCUAUUGUUACUCCGCUUGAUCCACUCCUUCUCUUCUCCAAGCUUUUUGUAAACAGCAUAUUGGCCUAGUUAGAUUGAAUUUAAGUCUUACUUCAGCCCUUCACAUACAAAAAGCUUCCUUCUCGUGAUCGAGUCGUACCAGAUCCAGUCAGCCAGCCAGAUUUUCUUUUCCUCCUAGCCAGACCCCCGAUUCCCCGCCGAAAUGGACCAGAACCAGCCCCUUUUCGCUUUAAUCCAGCAACUCCAGCAACAACUCGUCGACCAGCAACGCCAGCUAGAAGCCCUUACGCCUACUCGACCCCAGUUCAGAUUACCAGAUCCGCCUAGAUUCGACGGCCGACCAUUUAGUCUAAAGACGUGGCUUCCAGCUAUUCAAGCAAAGCUACGGUCGGACGGCUUAGUCGGUCAACCAGCAUUUGACUACGUUUACGAUCGCCUCGAGCCAUCCCAGCAAGCCUCAGUCUUACAUCUUCGCGAAACCAACCCAACACCCGAAGCAGUCUUCCAGUACUUCGAACGUCUUUGUUAUAACCCUCGUGAGAAACAAGAUGCAGUGCUACGAUUCGCCAAUAUCCGCCAGAAAGACGACGAAAGCCUAGUCGCCUACCUCGCCCGAUUCGAACGUCUAUCGCAUGAAGCUAAGGUCCAUCAGCAAGAUCUCCUUCGUACGAUUACCCUACACCGUGGCCUACGGCCCACGUUACGCCAGAUCCUCGAGCAAUCUUAUGAUACUCUAUUCGAUCUCGAAUACGAUGAUUAUAUUGAACUACUCCAGCGCCACGAUCGCCGCCAGCAGCGCCCGAUUAUCUAGAACCAGCAACGCCAGAACCAGAUUAGCCAGAACCAGAUUAGCCAGAACCAGACCCGCCAGACCCAGUCUCGCCAAAGCCAGCUAGACCUAAUGGACCUUGACCCGAUUCGCGUACGAACAGCCAGAAUCAAGCCAGCUAUACCUACUAGUUCAGCCCUAGGGCCCCCGAAGGAUCCUGCAAAAUACCUUAAGGACAAGAUCGACACAGCUACACUCUAUACCGAUGAAGAUCGCGAAUACCGUCGUGCUCGACGAAGCCUACUUAGCCAGUGCUACUGCUGUGGCUCCUCAAAUCAUUGGAUUUCCGAUUGCCCUGUUUCCCGCUCCCGUUCUUCCAGCGCGUCUAGUAGACGGCCUACGCCGCAUGACGCUUAUCCCUCCGACGACGACCCCUAGGAGGGGGUAAUAUCACGGGUUAGACCCGCUUCUUACUAUGUGGCCCUACCACAUAGCCUUCCCCGCACGUUCCGUUCUG